AUGAAGCAGAGAUUCUCUUCGCUGGAUGUCAAGGUCAUCACCCAGGAACUUGCCUCGGAGCUCGUCAACCUCCGAGUGUCGAACAUCUACGAUCUUUCCUCGAGAAUCUUCCUCUUCAAACUCGCCAAACCCGACCACCGCAAACAGCUCGUCGUCGACUCCGGCUUUCGCUGCCAUGUGACGCAGUACUCGCGCGCGACGGCCUCGGCGCCGUCGCCCUUCGUCACGCGCAUGCGCAAGUUCCUGAAGUCGCGGCGCGUCACCUCGGUCCAGCAGCUCGGCACGGACCGCGUCAUCGACUUCGCCUUCAGCGACGGCCAGUACCACCUGUUCCUCGAGUUCUUUGCGGGCGGCAACAUCAUCCUCACCGACCGGGAGUACACCAUCCUCGCGCUGUUCCGGCAGGUCGCGGCCGGCGACGGGCAGGAGGAGGAGACGCGCGUCGGCUUGAAGUACACGGUCGACAACAAGCAGAAUUACCACGGGGUGCCGGAUAUCACGACGCAGCGGGUGCGGGAGACAGUCCAGAAGGCUAAGGAUUUGUUUGCGGCGGAAGGGGGCAGUAAUGCGCCGAAGAAAUCUAAGAAGAAGAAUACGGAUGUGCUGCGGAAGGCGCUGUCGCAGGGUUUCCCCGAAUAUCCGCCACUGUUGCUGGAUCAUGCGUUUGCGGUGAAGGGGUUGGAUCCAGCGACGCCGUUGGAGGAGGUUUUGAGCGAUGAUGGAGACUUGUUGACGAGGGUGGUGGAGGUGUUGGAGGUGGCUAAGGCGGAGACGGACAACUUGUCGGUCGGGCAAGGGCAUCCUGGGUAUAUUGUUGCGAAGGAGGAUACGAGGACGAAGGCUAAGGAGGCUGCGGAGGAGAAGGAGGACAACGAGGAGGCAUCCGGCAAGAAGCCGCCGGCGCUCCUGUAUGAGGACUUUCACCCGUUUAAGCCGCGCCAGUUCGAGGGCAAGCCUGGCGUCACGAUCUUGGAGUUUGAGAACUUCAACAAGACCGUCGAUGAGUAUUUCUCUUCCAUCGAGUCGCAGAAGCUGGAGUCGCGGCUCACGGAGCGCGAGGAGGCCGCGAAGAGAAAGCUGGAUGCUGUACGGCAGGAGCAUGCGAAGCGGAUUGGUGCCCUGCAGGAGGUCCAGGGGUUGCAUAUCCGGAAGGCGGCCGCUAUCGAGGAUAAUGUCUACCGGGUGCAGGAGGCGAUGGAUGCUGUCAAUGGUCUGAUUGCGCAAGGAAUGGACUGGGUGGAAAUCGCGCGUCUGAUUGAGAUGGAACAGAGCCGAGGUAACCCUGUUGCGAGGAUUAUCAAGUUGCCUCUCAAGCUUCAUGAGAACACGAUUACGUUGGUGUUGGGAGAGGCUGGCGAUGAGGAGCAAGGCGACGGCGAGGAGCUUUUCUCAGAUGACGAAGACGAAUCCGAGUCGGAGGAUGAGAAGGAGGACGAUGAGAAUUUUGAAAAGAGGGCCGAUGUAUUGGUGGUUGACAUCGAUCUUGGGCUCUCCCCGUGGGCGAAUGCGACCCAGUACUACGAGCAGAAGAAACAGGCCGCCGUGAAAGAACAGCGGACGACGCAGUCCUCUGCUAAGGCGCUCAAGAGCCACGAGAAGAAAGUCACGCAGGAUCUCAAACGGAACUUGAAGCAAGAGAAGCAGGUUCUCCGCCCGGCUAGAAAGCUUUUCUGGUUCGAGAAGUUCCUCUUCUUCGUUUCUUCUGAGGGAUACCUGGUUCUCGGUGGCCGUGAUGCUAUGCAGAGCGAGAUGCUAUACCGGCGGUACCUCAAGAAAGGCGAUGUCUUCGUGCAUGCGGACCUUCAAGGUGCUACGCCAAUGAUCGUCAAGAACAGAGCGGGCACGCCUAACGCGCCUAUUCCUCCCAGCACACUCUCUCAAGCUGGCAAUCUAUGUGUUGCUACAUCGAGUGCUUGGGAUUCCAAGGCAAUCAUGUCCGCUUACUGGGUCAGUGCCAGCCAAGUCUCCAAGACCGCUGAGGUGGGUGGUCUUGUCCCCACUGGAGAGUUCGUCAUCAAGGGCGAGAAGAAUUUCCUGGCCCCCUCCCAGCUUGUCCUAGGAUUUGCGGUCAUGUUCCAGGUUAGCAAAGAGAGUCUACGAAACCACAAGCUACGCCAGUUCGACGAACCUGCGGCUGCGGAGCCGAUCGCCGGGGAAGGCGAUGCUCCUGCAGCGGUAGCGGAAGGCAAAGAGCCUUUUGAGGAGAACUCCGAGACGGCGGAAGCUGAUAAAUCUGGCAGCCCUGAUGAACCAAAGGAGCAGGAGCAGGAGCAGGUCUCGGAUUCGGAUGAAGAAGCUGAGGAAGAUAAGGCUAUUACGGAAAGAAACCCGCUACAACGGGGACUGUCUGAGCCAGCUCAAGCGGAAGCCGGCAACUCUAAUGAUGCUAACGACAGCCCGUCGGAUGACGAAAAUGCCGAGGAAGAGGGGGAGCAGGAGCAGCAGUCCCCUCAGACGGAGAAGACAGCUGCGGAUGAGCCUCUGCUGGAAGAAAGCUUAGCCUCCACUGAAGAUCAGGGCAAGCGACAACUUUCCGCUCGAGAGCGUCGUCUUCUUCGAAAAGGACAGCCACUCGACUCCCAGGAUACUUCACCCAAGGAAGCCGAAGGAAGCUCAAAGAAGCAGGGGCCGAACGGCGCACCGGCCAAACCUACGAACACCAAGCAAGCGGGCUCCACUCGGGGCAAGAAGGGCAAGGCAAAGAAGGCCGCGGCCAAGUAUGCAGACCAGGACGAAGACGAGCGGGAGCUGGCACUCCGCUUGCUGGGCGUGAACAGCGAGAAAGCUGCCAAGGCCGCUGCAGAGGCGGAAGCCAAAGCCAAGCGUGAGCAGGAAGCCGAGGCCCAAAAGAAGCAUCGCAGAGCCCAGCAUGAGCGCGCAGCGGAGGCCGAGCGCAAACGACAGGCUCUCUUCGAAGGCGGUGCUGAUGACUACGACGAGGAGACGGCCGCCGCGGAAGCUGCGGAUCUCGAAUGGAUUCCUGCCAUGAUCGGAACGCCUCAUCCUGACGAUGACAUCCUCGCGGCCAUCCCGUACAAGAUCAAGUUGCAGCCCGGUACUGUGAAGAAGGGAAAGGCUGUCAAGGAGAUCAUUGGACGAUGGGUCGCCGAAACGACGACUGGCAAGGUCAAGAAGGAGCAUGCUGAGGACGCUGGCAUUAACCGGGCAGCAGCCGAGAAGCUCCGCGAGCGUGAAGGCGAGUUAAUCAAGGGGUGGAAGGAUACUGAGAUCAUUAACUCAGUCCCUGUGGCCAGCGGAGGUGAUAAGGGCAAAGGGAAAGGUGGUGGUGGUGGCGGCGGCGGCGGCGGGAACAAAGGAGAUCAAUCCCUGGGGACAUUUUCUUAUUACUGCGACUUUCUCUACUCUUUUAACAUGCUCAAAAAGCGCUUUCCUUCUUUCCCCCCCCACUUGGAGAAUUUUGUCGACCAUAUUGACCCAACCCCGCGACUAGCCUGCUCUUUCUCCCUUAUGCUAGACACGCGGAUCGUGUCGCGAUCACUCGCGCAAUGGUGGGCCGAUGAAUGCAACAACAACACCCCCGAAGCGGCUGCGAUCGAAGAAGCCGCACAGCUCCUGCAGACGAGCGACAUCCCGGUCGCAUUUCCCACGGAGACAGUUGACGCCGUGCAGGGGAUCUACAAGGCCAAGCAGAGGCCAUCCGACAACCCGUUAAUCAUCCACGUGGAUUCCCUUGGAAUGCUGGAGCGCAUCCUCAAUCCCGUCCAUCACAGUCCCACGCGGGUCACAAGCACCGCUCAGAACAAGCUCCCUGCCAUCUACGACUCGGUCAUCUCCCGCUUCUGGCCCGGUCCUCUCACAAUCCUCGUUCCAAACCCUUCCGGAUCCCCCCUUGCGAACGAAGUCACCUCGAACCUCACUACCUUCGGCGUGCGGAUGCCAUCGUCGCCGCUGGCACGUUUGUUGAUCCAUGUCGCAGACCGACCACUGGCGGCCCCCUCGGCCAACGCCUCCACGAAACCUUCCCCGACAGCCGCAGAGCACGUAUACCAUGACUUGCAAGGCCGCAUCGAGCUCAUCCUCGACGGCGGCCCCUGUGGAGUCGGAGUGGAAAGCACAGUCAUCGACGGGCUCUCUGAUCCCCCGGCUAUCCUUCGUCCCGGGGGCAUCGGCAUCGAGGAGUUGCGACAAUGUCCGGGGUGGGAGAAUGUGCAGGUCGGAUACCACGAUGGCACGCUCGAUGUGAAGGAGGUGCCCCGUGCGCCGGGCAUGAAGUACCGACACUACUCCCCCAAGGCUCGGGUAGUCCUUUUCGAGCCCGAAUCCGCCGACGAGGGCAUCCGAAACCACAUCCGCAAGGACCUGGAGGACUCAGCGAUUGGCGCGCAUAGCAUCGGGGUGGUGCGUACGCGCAACUGGAAGCAAGGGAUGGGACUGGUCUCAGAGGAGGAGAUUCAGAGCGGGUUGAAGCCUGUCGAGAGCUUAAUGGAAAAUCUGGUCUCGUUCCCUGUCCCCGUUGAGGAUAAGAUCAAGGCGUGUGUGGUGACGAAACAGACCUUCGACUGCCAUCUCGGCCCGGACAUCAAGUCGAUCGCCCAGGGAUUGUUUUCAGCGCUGCGGGCGAUGGAUGAAGUAGAGGUGGAUGUCAUUUAUGUCGAAGGGGUGCCUGAUCAGCAAGGUGACCUGGCCGCGGCGGUGAUGAACAGGCUGCGGAAAGCCGCAGGAGCCGAGCUUCGGGUCUGA